CAAUGGAUUCCUUCCCCAAACAAAAUUUUUCAUCAAAAUCAAUGGCAAAAACCAAGAGCUCUGAAGAAGCUACAUUGCCCACCAAACGCAAGGCUCAAGCCCAUGACAAUUCCCCACUAAAAGCCCCCAAAAUUGUGCACCAGGACGAAAUUGAGGACAAUGAAGAAAAUCAAACGAGCAAGAGCAACAAUUUGGGAACUUCUGUUCCCAAAUCUAAAAUCGAUGACCAGGAACCUGAGGUUGAUGCCAAGGAAGGCAAAGAUGGUGACUACGAGGAUGAGGAUGAAGACUAUGAUGAAGGAGAUGCUCAAGUGGACAGAAAAUGGGAGGGGAUUUUGAUAGAAGAGGAGUAGGAGGACGACGAGGAUGAUGAUGAUGAUUCAAAUGAUGGCGAGGAUGAUGAAUCAAAUGUUGAGAGUGAUUAAUCCCACAAUCCGUUGGUUGAGGUUGACUUGGAAGAUGGAGGCUUCAUUGUCGUCGGUGAGAGGAGAGAGUGCAGAGGAAAUUCAUUUUGAAAUUAAAGUUCAUGGGUUUGA